UGCUGAGGGCCAAGAUUAACCAUGGGCAUUCCCACGAGCGAUUGGAUUAACUGGUGUCGCCUGUGCGCCCGCGACGAUGUGGUUUUCAAAGUUCGCGAGCGGGACGAAGAUCUAGUGAGGAUCAUCAGGAAAUGCUUCGAUGUGGAGAUGACCUUCGAGGAGCCCGAACUGGGCAGAAUGUUGUGCGAGGAGUGCUACUCGGUGAUUGGCCAGAUGCUCACCUUCUCGGAGAACGUCACCAAGAUCCAGGGCCUCUACGAGCUUUUGCGCCAUUCGGGGCAGCAGGACAGCCAGGAUGUGGAGGACCUGCGGCGGGAAUAUGGCCUGCCGCCCACGUGCAAGCAGGAACUGGAGUUCCUGGACAUGGAUGACGACAAGUUCUCCCUGGUCGAUGAGCUGAUUUUCUCGGACCAUUUCUCGGAUCCUUCCCUUGAGGUACAAACAAAAGCGGUUCGCAGGCGAGGGAAUUUCACGCAUCGCAAAUCGGAGCUCGAGGAGCGACCCUUAUCGCUACCCAAAACUCCGGCUUCAACUGAAGUCCCUGUAAAACGUAUGCGCAGACCAACGAUUCUUAGGCCUCACAAAUCGCAGCUGAGGGAGAAUGAUGAUCAGGAGCACGUCCCAACCGACCAAGACACCACAUCCCAGCAGCCUGUGAAACGGAAGCGAGGCAGACCUAGCCAAAAAACAACCCCCGUCGAACCGAAAUCCCCGGAAAAGACGCCCAAAGUCAGUGAGCAGCCGCAGGACAAAGAUCGCUCGCCAAGUCCUCCGGUCGACGAGUUUACCUGCAAGGUCUGUAAGGAGUCCUUCAUGUCCUUUAUGGCCCUGCGUCGUCACAAACACGAUAUGCACGGCGGUCCCAAGCGUUUCGUUUGCGACAUCUGCGGAAAAGGUUUGAAGACCUUCACUUCGCUGGUGGAGCACAAGCUGGUCCACACGGACGAGAAGCCCUGCGUGUGUCCCGUGUGCAAUGCUGCCUUCAAAAACAAAGCCAGACUAAGGGUGCACAGCCAGACGCAUGGAGCUCCCAAGUUUGAGUGCGAGGUCUGCGGCAGAAUGCUGCAGACACGGGCGAAUCUUAACAAGCACAAAACGGUGCACACUGCGGAGCGUCGCUUCAAAUGCGAGGUCUGUGGCAUCGGCAGCAAGAACUCGACGGCUUUGAAGAUCCAUCUUCUUAGCCACACGGGUCUCAGGCCCUAUGUAUGCAAGUACUGUGGCAAGGCGUUCGCCAGCAACACCAAUUGCCGCUCGCACAAGUGGAAGAAGCAUCCGGAGCAGGCGGCCGAAGAGGAUGAGAGCGAAUCUACGCGUGUUGCAGUGCCCACACUGGAGGAACUGCGGGCCAUAACCCGCGAGAUGGCGAAGGUCAGCAAGGAAGGAUAGGCGAAAAACAUUCUCUCAGUUGAUUUACACCUAAGAUAUAAGUUUUAUAUCCCACGAUAACCAAGCUUGGAGCAAAAACAUUUAUUUACACUAGAAAUACAAAUUUUUAUCCACGGUGUUGUUUGUAAAAUAAAGUAAAACCUAAGAAA